AAUUUCCAAACGACAGAUAGGGUCACUGUAUUACCCAAUUACCUCUCAGUUUUAGUAUAGUGAAUGAACACUGUAGAACAAUUAAAAACAUUGUAUUCUACAUCUAUUUCAGUUGGCGGAGAACUUAGCAGCCUCCAUCCAUCAAACAUCAAAUUCCGAUUGAAAACGACUCUUUACAGAUUGAAAUUGGUGAUAAAACUGACAAUAAUACAUUAGAAUACAAACUAUGGUGGCAACCACACGAAGCAAGAGGAAUAAGCUCCAGCAUUUGACGAGUGGUGUAGGGUGGAACGAGGAAAGAAACACGUCAGAUGCUUCAAAUAAGUGGUUGAAGAAAAGUUGUAAGUUAUUGAGUAAGUUGCAAAAGGUUUCGCACGAAGGCCUCACAAACGAACAUGAAGAGUUGCAUAAGAAGUUAAAUAGUGUCAACAUUGCCAAUGACCAGAAUGUUGGUACAAAAGGAGAAGAUAUUGAUAUGGAAUUAGGCGAAGAGUUUGAUGCUUCUAUUAAGUCUUGUCUUGAGAAAGACAUGUCAUUUGGGACGGAUAUCCAAAGUAGUAGAAAUAAACGACCAUUACCUUAUUCAAAUGAGCGAAAUACACGUAAGUGCCUAGAUGUGAAACUAUCAACUGGGACUAUGACGUAUGAAUUUAUUCGUGUGAUCAAGGUUGCACAUGUAUCGUCGACACCAAAUGUACAACAAGUAUUGGAAAUGGUAACCGCUAAGCUAGGUUUGCAAAGUGAUAACCCUUUCUAUGAUGCGGUUGCCUUAGCCAUGCGCGAUGAACAAAGACGAAUGAUGUUCAAUGUGUAUGAGAGUGACCCUCUAAAAUUGCACACAUGGCUUUCCGAGAUGGUUUCUCGGGACCAAAUGAGAAUCGCUGUAGGGAAUUUGGGUACCGUUAAUGGCUUACAGUAAUAUCACCGGACCCUCUUGUAGUUCUAUCUUUAGGGGGCAGCCCUUUGUUGUUGUAGGUUUAUUGAUUUUUUUGGAAGAUUAGUCACUCCUUAUUUUAAGUGGCAUUUUUUUUAAACUAUUUGUUUGAUUACUAUCAUGUCUAUGUUUGUAUGUGACUAAAUUUUAGUGGACUUAAUUGAUGAAGUUGUUUGUUUGACA